AUGUCUCAUACAUUUCCUGGCGGUCACAACGAGGGGAACUUCCCCAGCUAUGAGAAUGGUACCUUCCGAACAAUUGAAUGGGCUGUCCUCGAAGUCCCUCCGAAAGCCAUACAUUACUUCAGUAAUCUGCCGUUCGGCUGGGUUCCCAAGAAUGACUUGGAGUUCAUUCAGCUAUUCAUGCAGACAUGGAGAGAAGACUGGAUGAAUUUCUGUCGAGACGCCAGAAGUGUUCUGAGUCGCCUUCGCUCCCAUCAACUGACCGCUCGAGGCAAAGAUGACCUCUUGAUCGACGCAGUUGCCGAGAAUAUGCAACAGUGGACCCGACUUCAAGGGACGCUGGAGGAACAGCUCACCCAGGCGCGUCACUUUGUCUCACAAUAUCAACGCUACAGCGAAACUCGUCGGUUCAGUGAGCAAAUGCAUCAGACCAUCGACGCCGCGGAGCGAGACAUCCAAAAUCAAGUGGAUAAACUAGAACAGACCAUGCGAGAUCUAUUACAGAUAGCAAGUUAUAUCAGCCCUUUCACUUCCAGCAUCAGAACUAAUGCUUUGGUCCGGGUAGGAGUUCGCCUGGGUCUCUAUCAACGAAGCGCAUCGGUCGACCAGCUUGGCAACGAGUCUGAAGCGGAUCAGCUGGAUUACUUUCGUCUUUCUCCCUCUUACGUUCGCAUCCGUAAGUUAUCAGACAUUGCCCUGCUGUAG